AUGGCGUCGACUGGCCUCCAGCUGCUGGGUCUGGUGUUGGCCGUGCUGGGAUGGGCCUUCGGGGUGCUGGUGUGCGCCGCUCCUCUGUGGCGCGUGUCCGCCUUCGUGGGCGGCGAGCUGGUCAUCGCCCAGAUGUUGUGGGAGGGCCUGUGGAUGAGCUGCCUGUCCCAGACCACGGGCCACAUCCAGUGCAAGACCUACGACUCCACGCUGGCCCUGCCCACCUCGGCCCAGGUGGCGCGGAGCCUCAGCGUGCUCUCCCUGCUCCUCUGCGUUCUGGCCCUCGUCCUCGGGGUGGCGGGGGCCAAGUGCACGCACUGCAUGGGCGACGGCAACCAGGCCCCCAAGGCCCGCCUGGGGAGGGUCGCGGGCCUGCUCUUCAUCGUGGCCGGCCUUGCCUACCUGACUCCCAUCUGUUGGACCGCCUACACCGUCAUCAGGGACUUCUACGAUCAGAACGUGGCAGCGCCGCUGAAGAGGGAACUGGGCCCGGCGCUGUAUCUGGGCUGGGGGGCCAGCGUGCUGCUGCUGGUGGGGGGCGCCCUGCUGCACGUCGGCUCCUCGGCACCCGGGGGGAGAGCGCUGCCGGUGUUUGGGGGAGCAGCGAAGAAAAGCUCCCGCCCGGGGACAGCAGGAGAGCUGAAGCAACCGGACAAGUCUUUUGUAUGA